AGGACAUGGCUUAGACCCCAGAAGGAGGUAGCAGCCUCACGUCCCCAGUUCUAGCCCCACUUGGGCCACCUCUUGAGCUCACUUCUGUUGCCCAGCACCAUGGAGGUCUCCACGGCUGCCCUGGCUGUCCUGCUUCUCAUCGCUGCGCUCUGUUCCCAGACCUGCUCUUCCACUUUUGGUGCUGACACUCCGACCUCCUGCUGCUUCUCCUAUAUCUCCCGGCAGAUUCCUCGAAAAUUUGUGGUGGACUAUUAUGAGACCAGCAGCCAGUGCUCCAAGCCCGGUGUCAUCUUCCAAACCAAAAGAGGCCAGCAGAUCUGUGCUGACCCCGGGAAGGCCUGGGUCCAGAAGUAUAUCACCAACUUGGAGCUGAAUGCCUGAGCGACCUGGAAGCUACGAGGAAGGCGUUACAUCCAUGUACAGCUGGGGAGCAGGCACCUGAGCCAGCGUGAUGACCUUGGAAGUCCAGAGGGCACCUCUUCUAUGGGUCCCACCUCCACCCUCAUCCCAGCCAUACUUCGCAGCCCUCUUUAGCUUUCAUUUUUGUUUAUGUAUCUUAUUUAACUUUUGUAAUUUAUUUCCGUUGUUGAAUUGUGUGAUGUAAUAAAUACUUUCUCUGGCUUCUCAUAGCA